AUGUCCCGAGAGGUGGCGGGCUCAUGCCGCCUGGGCUCCGGGGCGCGGGCACGGGCACGGAAGCCCAAGAAGCCCCACUACAUCCCGCGGCCCUGGGGGAAGCCCUACAAUUACAAGUGCUUCCAGUGCCCGUUCACCUGCCUGGAGAAGUCACACCUGUACAACCACAUGAAGUACAGCCUCUGCAAGGACUCCCUCUCGCUGCUGCUGGACUCCCCCGACUGGGCAUGCCGCCGGGCCCCUGCCACACCCCGGCCCCUGGAGCCCGCUACAGACUGCCCCUCUGACCCCACAGAACCGGGCAGGCGACCCCGAGGGGCUCGGCUCCCAGAUGCUCCCGCCACGCCCGACCUCGUUGUCACUGACCUUCUCUCCCUGCACCGCUGUGUCGGGGGCCCCAAGCCAGAGGCUGAGGGGUCCCCAGGGACACCACCCCCUGCAGCCAAGGAUGCCCAGAAGGGUGUGGGCCUGGGAGGGCUCCUGGCCGAGUCAUGGAAGCCAGGGCUGGGCAGGGGCCCCAGGAGCAUGGCUGUGGCAGACUCAGCUGCAGUGGGCCCUGAGAGCAGCGUCCCCUGCUACCCUCCGCCCACCUCCAGCGAGUGCCCUGAGGCCCAGAGCCUCCAGCUGUCCCUGCUGGGAGUCAACUACCCCCUUGGCCCCAGCCUCUUUUCCUACCUGGGGCCCUCCCUGGCCACGGCAGCCCAUAUGCCCUUCCUGGGCUCGGCCAGCCCCCUGCUUCCCCCAGCCUCUGCCUUCUCCGCCCUGCAGCCCCUAGAGCGCCCCACCCCUAUCCCCCGCCUAUACUACCCUCUGCUCCUGGAGCACAGCCUGGGGCUGCAGGCAGGCAAGGCUGCUGCCCCUGCCAAGCCCCCUGCUCCUCCCAAGGGACCCCCUGGGACUCUGGCCCCUGGGCUGUUAAAAGUGCCGGUACCUGGGCUGGGUGGGCCCUGGCCCUGUGGUGCCCCCAGGGACCCAGGGCAGGAGGGAGGGCUGGAGCUGGCUGCCCAGAGUGACCCCAAGAGGAAGCUGCCCCCAGGAAGCAGGCUGGAGCCCCCGAAGGCUCCCUCCAGCUUGGCCAACUUUGGUUCCCAGAGCAGCCUGCGGCAUGGCCCCUCCGUGAUUCUCUGGCCUGAGGACAAGGAGCCAGGCGACCCCGAGAUCCUGGGCCCUGUUUCCCCCCUGCCCCAGCAGCCACCGGGCCUGGUGCUGGGGGGCCCCGGGCAUGUGUGUGAGGACCUGACCCGGGCUCUCGGCGACUAUGCGAGGGUGGAGCAGCGCCUGGGGCAGUUGGCACCUGCCAGGGGCCUGGCCCCACGGCCUCUGCGGGAGCAACUGGGCAAGAUCCGCAGGGAGCUGCUCACCAUCCACCAGGUGCUAGAGCAGGCCGUGCGCCCCCCAGACGUGCCACUCGACCUCUCUGUGAAACGGACGCCCUCCAAGGUGCCCGAGGUGUCCUCAGGGUCCUGGGGGCAACCAGAGCUGGGUUCUAUAUUGGCCCAGGGAACCCCCGAGCCACCCAGAAUGCUGGGCCCCACAGUGGCUGAGCCUUUCUCUGGCCAGACCACCAAGUGCGAGGCUGACUCCAGUGUCCCUCCCCCGGGGCUCCCCCUCCAAGCCCCAGAUGACCCUGUCAUUCCUGGCAGUAGCUGGGGCCCCCGUGGCAGGGCCGGGGGCUCCUGGCCUCCCGAGGCUGCCUCUGGCCUGCAGAGCCCCCCACGUGCCGAGGUCUGA